AUGGGCACCAGCAACACGGUGCAUGUAUCUGGGUUUCCGGCAGAGACCCGGGCCAGGGAUAUGGCACCGGACUUCGAGGCCGUCGGGAAGAUCGUGCGGAUUGACAUCCCACCUAUGCGGCCUUUCCAGGACCGGCCGUUCGCGUUCGUCAAGUUCGAGACACACGAAGAGUGCGUGCGCGCGGUCGAGGAGCUAGACGGUAGACCGUUCACGCCGGACACACGGUUCACAUACCACGUGCAGGUGGCGCGGUCGCGGCCGUACGCGCCGUACGCGCCACGCAACGGGCGCGGCGCGCCGGGCGGCUACCGCGAGGCCGCGUACCGCGGGCGCGACGUGCGCGACCAAGACCCGCGCGACUACCGCGUGGGGCUUCUGGCGCGCGGGCGCGACGACGACUUCCGGUUCCGCGAGCCGCGUGAGUACCGCGACCGCGAGCCGCCGCGCGCCUACGAAACCGCGCCUCCGCCGCCGCGCGACGAGGACUACGCGCCGUCGCCGGCGCUCGAGCGCGCUGCUUCGCCGCCUGCCGCGGCCCCUCCUCGCUCGCCGGUGUCCCCGCCGCCGCCCGCGCCGUCCCCGCCGCGCUCGCCGGCCCCGCCGUCCCCGCACUCGCCGCCCGCGCCGCCACCCGCCGCAGAGCCCGCUCACGAAUGA